AUGGCUGGAAUGGAGAUAAAGGAGAUAAAAGCCCCCAGUAACGGAACGGGCGCUCAGGACCGUGCCAGGCCGCGCCAAAAGGCGCGACCUCGGCCAGCGGUGCGACCUGUCGCCGCCCUUCCCGCCUUCCCGCCGGCCGCCGAGCCCGCGCACGCCGAGCCCGUGCGCCUCACGUUGCGCCCCGCCCCCCUGGCCCGUCCAGAGCAGCGCGCAGGCGCGCGCUCCUGGGCCCGCCAGGGGAAAGAGGGCGGGGCCGAGGGGCCGAACCCGCGGGGGGAGGGGCGGCGUCGGUCACAUGACGCGGUUUCACUGUUUACACGCGGAGCGGCCGGAUCCUUCGGCCUCAGUCAGGCGCUCGGCUCCGUUUCGGUUUCACUUCCGGUGAGGGGCUGCUUCGGAGCGGGCGGCGAGCCGAAGGCGAGCGCAGGCGGCAGCGGUGACUGCGGCGCCGCUGCCGGGGGGCGUGCGGUAGCGCGGCGGCGGCGGCGGCGGCUGGGCCUCGAGCGCCCGCAGCCCACCUCUCGAGGGCGGGUUUCUGAAGCGAGCAGGGCGGACGAGAAGAUGGAGGAUCUGGUGGUGGAAGUGCGGGGCUCCAAUGGCGCUUUCUACAAGGUACUUGACUCCAGGGCAGGCCCCAUCUUCGCCCUGCUUUCCCUCCCUUUUCUUCCUAGCCUCGGCUGGAGGCAGGCCUGGAGCCCUCUUCGCGAGCGCCGCGCCCGGGGCCCGGGGCGCACUCGGCGGGAUGUUCUUGGGGAGGGAGGGAAGGACCGGACUUCGGGCCUUUGGGAAACCCCUCGAGCCCCACUGCCUCUCCAGUGUGAGGCCCCAGCGUCUGUCGGAAUGAGAAGCGAGCAAGGAAAAGAGGGUGCCCUUUUGGGAGCCGAGCCCCAGCAGGGAGCGCUGGGGGUGGGCGAGGGCCAACAGCAGGUAAGAGAUCCGGGCGGGAAGCACCAGUAUCCGCGCGAAGUGACGGUGAAGGCUUAUUUCUGUUUUCUUAAAUAUCCUUUUCCAGUGGGAUCCGGGCCUGACGUGUGGGUAGUUGCCGAGGAGCGGGGGGCGCUUCCGUCAAGCCGCCUUCUGCCUUGCAAAGAGGGUUUGCGUUCUCCUUUGGCUUCUCUUUUCCGGUCCAGCAUUGGGACUUCGGAGAGCUCCACUGUUCUGGGCGAGCGGUGUGAAGAAAGAGUAGCAUUUGUAAAAGAUGUUCAUGAAGAUUCAAUAACAGUGGCAUUUGAAAACAACUGGCAGCCAGACAGGCAGAUUCCAUUCCAUGAUGUGAGAUUCCCACCACCUGUGGGUUAUAAUAAAGAUAUAAAUGAAAGCGAUGAAGUAGAGGUUUAUUCCAGAGCAAAUGAAAAAGAGCCUUGCUGUUGGUGGUUAGCUAAAGUGAGGAUGAUAAAGGGUGAGUUUUACGUGAUAGAAUAUGCAGCUUGUGAUGCUACAUACAAUGAAAUUGUCACAAUUGAACGUUUGCGAUCGGUUAAUCCCAACAAACCUGCCACAAAAGAGACUUUUCAUAAAAUCAAACUGGAUGUUCCAGAAGACUUAAGACAAAUGUGUGCCAAGGAAUCUGCACACAAAGACUUUAAAAAGGCAGUUGGUGCCUUUUCUGUAACUUAUGAUCCAGAAAAUUAUCAGCUCGUCGUUUUGUCCAUCAGUGAGGUCACCUCAAAGCGAGCACACAUGCUGAUUGACAUGCACUUUCGGAGUCUGCGCACUAAGCUGUCUCUGAUACUGAGAAAUGAAGAAGCCAGUAAGCAGCUGGAGAGUUCAAGGCAGCUUGCCUCAAGGUUUCAUGAACAGUUUAUCGUACGAGAAGAUCUAAUGGGUCUAGCUAUUGGUACUCAUGGUGCUAAUAUUCAGCAAGCUAGAAAGGUACCUGGGGUCACUGCUAUUGAUCUAGAUGAAGAUACCUGCACAUUUCAUAUUUAUGGGGAGGAUCAGGAUGCAGUGAAAAAGGCUCGAAGCUUUCUUGAAUUUGCUGAAGAUGUCAUACAAGUUCCAAGGAACUUAGUAGGCAAAGUAAUAGGAAAAAAUGGAAAACUGAUUCAAGAGAUUGUGGACAAGUCAGGAGUUGUGAGGGUGAGAAUUGAGGCUGAAAAUGAGAAAAAUGUUCCACAAGAAGAGGAAAUGAUGCCACCAAAUUCCCUACCUUCCAGUAACUCAAGGGUUGGACCUAUUCCCUCAGAAGAAAAAAAACAUACAGAUAUAAAGGAAAACAGCACUCACUUUUCACAACCUAACAGCACAAAAGUCCAGAGGGUGUUAGUGGUUUCAUCCAUUGUAGCAGGGGAAUCCCAGAAACCUGAACUCAAGGCUUGGCAGGGUAUGGUACCGUUUGUUUUUGUGGGAACAAAAGACAGCAUUGCUAAUGCCACUGUUCUUUUGGAUUAUCACCUAAACUAUUUAAAGGAAGUAGACCAGUUGCGUUUGGAGAGAUUACAAAUUGAUGAGCAGUUGCGACAGAUUGGAGCUAGUUCUAGACCACCACCAAAUCGUACAGAUAAGGAAAAAGGCUAUGUGACUGAUGAUGGUCAAGGACUGGGUCGAGGUAGUAGACCUUACAGAAAUAGGGGGCACGGCAGACGCGGUCCUGGAUAUACUUCAGGAACUAAUUCUGAAGCAUCAAAUGCUUCUGAAACAGAAUCUGACCACAGAGAUGAACUCAGUGAUUGGUCAUUAGCUCCAACAGAGGAAGAGAGGGAGAACUUCCUGCGCAGAGGAGACGGGCGGCGGCGUGGCGGCGGAGGAAGAGGACAAGGAGGAAGAGGACGUGGAGGCAGCUUCAAAGGAAACGACGAUCACUCCCGAACAGAUAAUCGUCCACGUAAUCCAAGAGAGGCUAAAGGAAGAACAGCAGAUGGAUCCCUCCAGAUCAGAGUUGACUGCAAUAAUGAAAGGAGUGUCCACACUAAAACAUUACAGAAUACCUCCAGUGAAGGUAAUCGGCUGCGCACGGGUAAAGAUCGUAACCAGAGGAAGGAAAAGCCAGACACCGUGGAUGGCCAGCAACCACUUGUUAAUGGAGUACCCUAAACUGCAUAAUUCUGGAGUGAUAUAUCCCCUAUACCAUUUCCAUAAUUCUUAUUCCAUAUUAGAAAACUUUGUUAGGCCAAAGACAAAUAGUAGGCAAGGUGGC